AUGGAGCCGGUGCCGGUGCCGCUGCAGGACUUCGCGAGCCGCCUGGACCCCGCCUCCCUUCCGCGCGUGCUGCGUGUCUGCUCCGGAGUCUACUUUGAGGGUUCCGUCUAUGAGCUUUCUGGGAAUGAGUGUUGCCUCUCCACAGGGGACCUGAUCAAGGUCACCCAUGUCCACCUCCAGAAGGUGGUCUGUGAAAACUCAGAGACGGGUCAGGCCUUGGAGCUCAACCCCAACUUCUCAGGCCUCUUCAGUACACUCAGCAGCCUGCAGAGCUACAGGACCCUGGAGGAGCUCAUCUCUGCCGUGCCCCAGAGCCCCACACAGUGGCCCAUUCACUUCAAGUCAACUGAAAGAAUUGUCACGGAGGCCGGGAUGGUGCCUGUGGACCAACCCUUCAGGCUUGAGGCUGUGGAAGUACACCAUGGGACCCGCUAUGCACGCUGUGUCCAGGACUCAAAGACCCAGGAGGUCAUCCUCUAUCUGCCCCUUUCCCAGAAGGGACCCUUCUGCAGAUGCAAGCCUGGUGCCCCACAAACCCUGCUCCAAAUCCUGCAGGACCCAGCUAUGAAGGACCUCAUGUUUACCUGCCCCAGCCUACCCUGGCGCUCUGUGAUCCUGAGGCCCCAGUAUAUGUUGCAAGCCGUGAUGCACAUGCGCCGCACCAUCGUCAAGAUCCCAUCCACCCUGGAGGUAGAGGUGGAGGAUGUCACCGCCUCCUCCCAGAACAUCCACUUCAUCAAGCCGCUGCUGCUGAGCGAGGUCCUGGCCCAGGGAGGCCCCUAUCCUAUGUCCACAGAGAUCUUGGAGGUUCCUGAGGGCCCACCCAUCUUCCUCAGUCCGUGGGUGGGCUCCCUACGCAAAGGCCAGAGGCUCUGCAUCUAUGGGCCGGCCUCACCAGCCUGGCAGGUUGUGGCCUCAAGCAAGAGCCGAAAGGUUCCCAGAUACUUUAUUCUCUCCGGGGCCUACCAGGGCAAGCUGAGGCGGAGGCCAAGGGAAUUCCCCACAGCCUAUGACAUUUUGGGGGCUCUCCAACCAGGCCGACCCCUCCGGGUGGUGGCCACAAAAGACUGUGAUGGGAACGAAGAAGAGAAUCCUGAAUUUUCUUUCCUGGCUGUGGGCGAUCGGCUGGAGGUGCUGAGGCAAGGCCAGGUCUGUGGGACCCAGGGCCAGGACAUAGAUGUCUUGAUAUGCCAGCGACUGAGUGAGGAAGUCGGGGAGGAAGAGGAGGACUUGGAGGAAGAGGAGGAGAUCGAGGACAAAGAACAGAUUCUGCUACCCCUCUACCUCUCCGGUGGCUUCGUGGAGGAGGUGAAUGAUGGGCGGCGUUACAGCCUAGCAGAUCUCACCGCCCAGUUCUCCUUGCCCUGUGAGGUCAAGGUGGUGGCCAAGGACGCCCGGCACCCCACUGACCCUCUGGUCUCCUUCCCGGGUCUGCGGCUGGAGGAGAAGCUCACAGAACCCUUUUUGGUGGUAGGCCUGGACUCCCAGCCAGAAAUGUGCUUUGAAAUCCCUCCCCAGUGGCUGGACCUGACCGUGGCGGAGGUUGAGGGGCAGCCAGGCCAGGUGGCUAGGCCACUCUCUGUCACUAGGGUGGAGGAACUAUCAGAAGCCUUCUACUACAAUCUCCGGAAGCUGCCAGCCUCGAAGAGCCAAGCUCCCCCGCCCAGGCCCCCAAAGAGCAAGGGUGUGAGUGAGCGGAAGCAGAACCCUAACGGGGAGGGGGGUGUGGGGGGGUCUCAAGUUAUAGGAUCCUACCCACAGUCUGAACCCAAGGCAAAGACCCUGGAAGACCUCCCCAAGGACAAGUCAAAUCUGUACAGCAAGAUUCCUGUCCACAAGAAAGACCUUAAGUCCAAAACCCAAACAAAGAAUUCAGAUAUGGAUGACCACGACUAUGAAGAAAUUUGAACCCUUUCAGAAAGUCAUCGAAGUGCUGGGGCAGCCACACUUCCCAGCCGCUGCUGCACAGGAAGUUGGGAUACCAGCUAACUCUUGGGAGACCCGCGGCAGUCUUCAGGGACUCAGGGAUUUGAAAUGGGACAGACACUAUUUCCACCUUGCUGUGGAAUAAUCCUUCUGUGCACCCUAAAUAUGCAUUGCUCUCAUUGACUAAUAAAACGCUGAUUGGCCAGUAGCCAGGCAGAAAGUAUAGGUGGGACAACUAAACUAAGGAUGAUGGGAGAAGGGCAGAGUCAGGUGUCACCAGCCAGACACAGAGGGAGCAGAUGAAAGUCCCAUGCUAAUGAAGGUACUGCCAUAUGGCAGAGUGUAAAUAAGGAAUAUGGGUUAGCUUAAGAUGUAAGAGCUAGUUAGUAAUAAGCCUGAGCUAUU